GAAGAAGAGUUAACAAAAGGAAUCAGAACAAUGUGUGACAACAAUUAUGCCCAACUUGGUAAAAUUAAGAGCUCUAUUCAAAAUGGUAAUAUUGUGUCCCUUGAUAAGGCGCUUCUAUAUGUCGAAGGUACUUCAAUUUAUUUGAAUAGACAAACAAAUUACAACUAG